AUGGUAUUUCAUGUGAUUCAACCAACUAGAAAUCAUAGUGAAAGAAGAUUAGCUAAACAGUUUGGAAAAGGAAAAGUAGAAUUUGAUUCCUUGUGGCAAUGUAUCGUUUGGUUAUUUUCAAUCUGCUUGUUUGUUGGCAUAGCAGUUUGCAUUGUCCGAUACCAAGAAGAGUAUUGGAAUCGAUUUCAAUACUACAAAAGACCUUUUUAUGCUGAAAAGGGGAGUAUAUUCUUUGGAGGUAUCUUUUUGGUAAUCAUGUUUGUUUUAUUUUGGGUUGGUAGAUAUCCAUUUUUUGAAACUCGGUUUAAUGGAAUAGAUGAAAUGAAGUCGGUUCGACGUCUAGUGCCAUAUGUCGAGUCGCUUCGUACCACUAAACCAACCGUUCAAAUUAGAUGUGAAAGUUAUCAUUGGGAGAAAAGUCAUUUCUCUACAACUGAGAGGACAGGCAAGAGGCGUACUACAACCACCCACUCCUCUUAUUGUAAAAGAGUGGUGACACACAGAGAAACAAAUGAAAUGGUAGUCUCUGGAUGGGAAGACACAUCACCUCCUCUUGACAUUACAACGAUCCGAAACUUGGAUGAUGCUGCAGAGGAGAUAGUCCAAGUUUAUUUUUCACUAGAGUGGGUCUUUAUGGACGUAAAAUCAGAAAGGGUGAUCAAAUCGGUCAAAGACAAUAUGUUUAAACGAAACAAGAAAAGAGAUUACCAUUUUGACAUUGUUGUCGAUCUACAUAUCGAUGGAUUUUCACCCAAAGAAUCGAGUAAACUAUUUUACUUGAACAAAAAUUCAAUACCUUGGUAUAUCAAUACUUUUUGGUGGUCAAUUGCAAAUAUAUUCUUUUUAUGGUUUCCUUGGGAGGUGGCAUAUCAAAACAAUCUUGCAACCAGUCAGGUUGAUAUUAUGAAAUCGGUUAUGAUAUCUGGCACAGUUGAUCCUUUGCCAUUGGACGAUUAUGAGGAUGACCAAAACCAAGGGUCACCUUUUGUCUAUAUUUGUAUUUUAUUAUUUCAGAUCGUUGUUUCUUCACAUGUCAUUCAUUUAAAUAUUAGACAUCGACGAAAGAGAAGGAAAGGAGGAGAUGCAGCAUCUUUUGACGCAUCACAUAUAAUAUUAAUAUUCUAUCAAUCAAUCUAUCUAUCAUAUUAUCAAUCAUCAUCUGAAUAA